AUGAGAGGAGUAGGAGAAGCCAAAGCCAGUCAUGGGAGUGAUAAACAGAUUACAAAGUGGACACAGCGAAGCCGCAGGGACAGAGCACACAGAAGAAAUGACCCCAGGAGUCAGGGCCCAGACACAUGCACAGGAGACAGGGUGCACAGGAGAGCCCAGGAGGCGAGCGAAGUCCAGAGAAAAGAGACACUUUGCUAUAACCUAGCUGAGGAGGAGGGGGAGGAACCCCGAGUAUCUGUAGAAGAGGGCAGCUCACACGAGGACAGCGGCUCACACGAGGACAGCGGCUCACACGAGGACAGCGGCUCACACGAGGACAGCGGCUCACACGAGGACAGCGGCUCACACGAGGACAGCAGCUCAGAGGACAGCGGCUCACACGAGGGCAGCGGCUCACACGAGGGCAGCCUCUCACACAAGGGCAGCGGCUCACACGAGGACAGCAGCUUAGAGGACAGCGGCUCACACGAGGACAGCGGCUCACACGAGGGCAGCAGCUCGGAGGACAGCGGCUCACACGAGGACAGCUGA